UGGAAGUAUUGCGUAGAUUGCGUGUCGCGAAACACGGUGCGCGAUUUUUGCAAAUUCGAGAAGAAUUCGUGGCUUAAUUUUUGCAGUGAAAUAGUGUUCUUUGUGACUCGAGAUUCGUUGGUGUAAAGCUCGUUCGAAAUUUAAAGGGAGAAUUUGAUUCCGGAGGAAUUUCCACUUUCAAUCGUACGUAACUAAAUUCCCGGUGUUUGAACAACCAGAUUAUUUAAACGUCUUCAAGCGCUUGCGCGAGACGCGCCUCUCGCUCAUCUGGGAGACGCAAAACGCAUUCCCGUUUGAAUGGAUGCGUAAUCGUAAUGCGUGUCACGACGUAAAACACGCACGUGCUUCAAGCUUCAUCGGUUCAAGGAUGCACGUAAUUUGUGAACGUGAUGAUCCGCUAACUUCAACUUGUCAACGUGACAAUGCACGCACAAUCAAACUUGAUCUACAUUCGGAGAAAGAAACCACCGGUGACACAAUGCGUACACGUACCUGUCAACGAGGACAGAAACGUUCCAACUUUCUGAUGCGUAUCGGUGUGCGAUUCAACGUGAGCACUCAGCUGGAAAAUGGUGUCUUCUCUAUCUUUUCGAAUCGCUGAUUCAUCGCGAUGGAUCGAGAAUAAUGUCGAGAGAAAUGUACGGGAACUUUCUCCUCGCCACAGACGGCGAACAAAAAUUAACGACAAUCCUGACAAAUCACGCGCGCAUCUAAAAAAGGAAAAGGCAGUUAAAGACUUGAUUCUAAACGUGUCACGGCGAUCAUCUAACAAUGAGCCAGCCGAAACGACCUGAGUCACGACCCGCGCAACUUGAAGAUGGUCAGUAGCCAGAGUUAGGAUCGAUACCGGGCCAGGGCCGCGUAAAUCAGCUCGGCGGUGUCUUCAUCAAUGGACGACCGCUACCUAAUCACGUUCGGCUCAAGAUUGUCGAGAUGGCCGCGUCGGGAGUCAGACCUUGCGUUAUAUCGAGACAAUUAAGGGUUUCUCACGGAUGCGUGUCGAAGAUUCUAAACCGCUAUCAGGAGACGGGUAGCAUCAGGCCCGGUGUCAUCGGAGGGAGCAAACCUCGCGUGGCUACGCCAGAAGUGGAGGCGAGGAUUGAGGAAUACAAACGUGACAACCCGGGUAUGUUUUCGUGGGAAAUUAGGGAUCGGCUUAUCAAGGAGGGUAUCUGUGACCGGACCAGUGCACCGAGUGUGUCCGCGAUUUCUCGGCUACUCAGGGGUCGCGAUCCGGAAGACGACGUCAAACUUGGCGACGGUAAAACGAGUUCCGGAUCCGACUGCGAUAGCGAACCAGGGAUUCAAUUGAAGAGAAAACAGCGCCGGAGUAGGACGACCUUUACUGCUCAUCAGUUAGAUGAGCUGGAACGAGCCUUCGAGAGAACUCAGUACCCCGAUAUUUACACUAGAGAGGAACUUGCCCAGAGGACGAGGCUAUCAGAAGCUAGAAUUCAGGUAUGGUUCAGCAAUAGAAGAGCAAGAUUGAGGAAACAUCUUGCUUCGAGUACCAGUGGAUAUGUUAGUUCUGUAUAUCCGGCUCCCCCGUACGUUAUUCCCUCAUCAGCACCGCCUCAUCCACAUCAUGGAGCGACAGUGCCACCGGGUCAUCCUCAUGGUCAGAGUCUGUCAGACGCGGCGUUUGCCUCCGGUCAAGAACUGUACUCGUCUCAUCACGCACCAAUGUCUCAUCAAUUGGCAACGGAUUCUGCGGCACGGCUCUCUUCGUCCAUCGGAUCGACUCCGGCUUACAGUUUUCCGCCAGCGGUUACUUAUCCUAGCGCGAUGCUUCCGUCGACCACGUCUACGACGACUCACAUGACUCAUCAGGCGACUUCCACAUCGUCCAGUUAUCAGCAAACGAGUGGUCAUCAGCUGCCGCCUCCGAGUCCUCUCAUCACCAUGAUGGGGCCGAAUUCUGGCAACUCGAACUCCGCUUCCGAUCAAUUAACUUCGUCGGAUCUGCCCAUCAGUUCGGUUUCGCCUGUUCAGCAGCAGCAACAACAACAACAACAACAGCAACAGCAACAACAGACUAGUCACGGAGCGACAUCGACGUCAUGGAAUCUCGCGAUUACCGCCAACAGCGGUAGAGUCAAUCUUCCGAGUCCGCCAUCCACUUUACAAUCUCACGCCUAUGGCGCUCAUCCACAUCAGGUAGGCACUUUCGCCAGUCAUUAUUCCGCGCAGAAUUUUCAACCGCCUAGGCCGACACCACAAUAUUGGUACUGAAAAAAAAAA